UACGGUAUUUACGCAACUUCCAGGGAGGACUUUACGUAACAGCUGAACACAGCCGCACACCAGCCGGUGGUAAACAGAAGAUAAAUGUCUUUUAAAUAGUUAUUUUUUUUUAGUUUUAAUGCAACAUGACGGGCUGCGUCUUCGUUUCAAGACUUUCACUGCUGUUGAGCGAACGGUUGUGUCGUAAAGUGUCGUGCGCGCAGACGGCAGCUCGUACAUCGGCUCGUACGUUCUCACGCGCUGUCACCGGUUCCCAGCUUCAUGGUAGCGGUUUGACCGGGAAAGUGGACCGGUUCGGUGGRGUGACGGUGGACCUGGGUCAGGUGGGACUGCCGGAGGACAUCAGCGAGGAUGACUUCAGCAGGUURCUGCAAGCUUCUUUAGCUCGGUGGAAGUCGGAGGGGACGUCGGCGGUGUGGCUGCGAGUUCCCAUCGCCCUGAGUCGAURCUCCGCCGCCGCCUCGGCUCACGGCUUCACCUUCCAUCACGCCAAAAACGACCACGCCGUGCUGGCCCUGUGGCUGGGAGGAGGCCAGAGCAGACUGCCGGGGUUCGCUACUCAUCAGGUUGGAGUGGCAGGUGCUGUUGUCGACGAGUCCAAUGGAAAAGUUCUGGUUGUCCAGGACAAAAACAAGACAAAGAACGCCUGGAAGUUUCCGGGUGGUUUGUCUGAUCCAGGAGAAAAUAUCGGUGCCACCGCCGUCCGUGAAGUCUUCGAAGAGACCGGCGUCCGCGCCGAGUUCAGGUCUCUGCUCAGCGUCCGGCAGCAGCACCGGCACCCCAACGCCUUCGGCAUGUCGGACCUGUACGCCGUGUGCCGGCUGAGCCCGCUCACGUACCGCAUCGACUUCUGCACCCAGGAGUGUCUGCGCUGCGAGUGGCUGGACGUGGGCGAGCUGGCCGCCACCGCCAGCACCACGCCCAUCACGUCGCGCGUCGCCAAGCUGCUGCUCUUCGGCCUGGAGCGGGGCUUCGAUGAGAUCGACCUCGCCAUGACGGAGCUUCCCGCCGUUUAUUCCGGGGUGUUUUACCAGCUUUACCACAGGCCGCUUCCCUCCGAGUCAGAGCCUGGCUCAGAUUGAUUGACAGGAACAGCUGAUUAACAUCUCAAAAGUUCAAAUAAUACCUCAACUACAGCCCCAAAUCCCCUGAGUUGAAAAGGAGGCGCCGGGGACGCAGACCAGGAGCAAGGAGGAGAGAGAGGAAGUUCAAACCAUCUCUUCCAUCAAUCAUAAUGGGCAAUGUGAGAUCAUUGGGGAACAAGUUGGACAAACUAUCAGUAUCUAUAAUAACUGAGUUAAUGAGUUACAACAACAUUUAAUUUCCCUUUGGGAUUAAUAAAGUAUUGUUGAACUAAAUUAAAUUGUAUCGUGACAGACUUUGUAAUAUUAAGAAAUAUCGUAUCGUCAUCCAAACAGCUCGAUAUAAUAUUGUAUUGYGAUAAAUCUGGUGAUUUACACCCCAAGUGGCCAGGCUGUUGUGGCUGUGUAUGGUUCUUCCACAAGUCACUGAGGCUCCUGUUUGUUAAAUGAAUAAAUUAUUAAAYUAACAGAAUGUCUUGUUUCUUUAAACUUCAAUCUUCCAGUCCAACAAAAACACCACACGAGUCAAUUAGAAGAUUUGGUAAAUAUUUCAUGUGCGUAAUCCACAUUUUCAGCUCUACUGCAUGUUCCUUACAAAUGUGGCAYCAUUUAAAAGUAAAUUUAAAAGGAUUCACAACAAUAUAAGAUUUAUUGCCAA